UUCACUGCAGCUGAGGCGGAAGUGGACGCGCGUCAUUGGCUGCUGAGCUGAGCUGCUCUCCAGAGUUGAGCUCGUGCACUCAUUCAAACGGCUGACUUCUGGAGCGCGCGCAGGGAAAGGGGCUCAAAUUCAUGUUUCAUCCGUCAGCUACAUGAUUCUGCCAUCCAAAUAUAAAGACAUGACAAGACAGGAGUAAAGUAUCUGUUCUCGGCCGGAGCGUGAGGUUGGGCAGAGGAUGCUGGAGGAGAGUGAUGGAGAGUUGGAGGGGAUCGGAGGAGGAGGAGACGGGGGGCUCCAAGCAGAGGUGGACAGGCUGGCUGCAGAACUCCAGGAAGCCAAUGAGGAGAAGUUACAGGCUGCACGGUACGGCCUGGCCGUUCUGGAGGAGAGUGCUGCACUGAAGAUCAAACACAGCCAGCUGGAGGAAGAUCAUGAAGCCCUUAAGAUGGAAGUGCAACAGCUCAAAGAGGCUCUAACAGACUCUGUGAGCAGCCAUAAGCGUGCAGCUGCAGAUGGGGAAAGUCGAGAAGAGAGGCUAUUGCAGGAGUCGGCCACUAAAGAGGCAGUCAUGGAGAUUCGCAUGGAUGAGCUGCAGACAGAGCUUAAACAGGCCCGUGUCAUGCUGGCCAAUGCCUCGGCUGAAAAUGACAGACUGGCUGGCCUUUCCACCCAGCUGAAGAAGGAGUGUGAGUGUUUGGAGGUAGAGAAAACCCGAAUGAGAGAGGAGAUGAAGGAGUACAAGACUCGAGAGGUGCAGCAGCUUCAGGAUAACAGUGAGCUGGAAGAGGAGAACAUCUCCCUGCUGAAACAAGUCUCAGUGCUUAAGGAGAACCAGGUGGAGUUUGAGUCAGUGAAGUUGGAGUUGACCCAUAAAGAUGAGGAGCUGGAGCUGAUGAGGGCACAGCUAGAAGAGGCUGGGCGUCUGAGGGAGAUUGCAGAGUGUCAGCUGGACGAGGCACUCGAGGCCCUGAAAGAGGAGAGGGAGCAGAAGAACAGCCUGAGACGAGAGCUCGCCGCCCUUACCCUCAACCCCUUUGACUCUAUUGGCCACUUAGAGUUACAGCUGGAUGACAGCCGGGAUGGAGAGAAAGAGAAGGAGGCAGGAGAGGAGGAGGAGGAGAUGGACAGUGGGUAUAAUAACUCCAAAGGGAUGGAGAGAAACAGGUGCUCCACACCCAGAAACAGCGAUGUGUUCCUAAGACCUCAGGCACCUGGGCUGGUGGCCGAUCUCCUGAGUGAACUGCACCUGUCAGACAGCCAGAAACUCAAGCAGCAGCUGCUGCAGGUGGAGAGAGAGAAAGCCACACUGAGCAGCACCGUGCAUGAUCUCCAGCAGCAGUUAACCCAGUCUAAAGAUGCUCUCAGUGAGCAACAGGUGAAGAUGGAUCAGCUGACCCAGCGUUUGGAGACCCUUCAGAGUAUGGCCUCGAAAAGGCCUGCUGAACGAGAGAAUGGAAUGAGCCCGCCUCCUAGGUCUCUUCAGAACCAAGAAGCUGAAAAUGGCAUCAGCUACUACGAAGUGGAUGCAAAAAGCACGGAGGUGCUAGAGUGCCGCAUGCAAGCGGCAAAUGAGGAGCUUGCGCGUCUGCAUGAGGAGCUGAAAGAGGCUGGCGAACGCUCCAAAGCUCUGGAGGAGCGCUACAAGCAGAAGAAAGAACACUGGAGGGGUGAGGCACAGGAACUCGCUGAUAAAAUACGACAGUGUAUCGCUGCUAGCCGACAGGACCAGGAGCGAAUAGGACAGUUGGAACGGGAAAUUGGUGUCACGCGCCAGGUCGCCACUGACUCUGAAGGCCACCUCAGUGCUGCACAGGAGGAGCUUCUGGCUUUCUCUGAGGAGCUGGCCAACCUUUACCAUCACGUGUGUGUUUGUAACAACCUCACGCCCAGUCGUGUUACACUGGAUUACUACCGUGAAGGAGCACAAGCCGGGAGAACGCACAACCAUUCACAACCGCACAACUAUCGCGGAUCCCUCCGUAGGCACAGGCGGUCGGGUGAAGUGUUGGACCUGGGCAGCAGAGGGAGUGGAGACACAUCAUCUAGCUGCGGAAGUUGUCCAGGGUCUCCUACACUAGACUUCAGGGACCCAAACAAUGUGCGCAAUCUGGUAGCUAUCAUACGCUGCCAGAUUAAACAUUUACAGGUGGCGGUGGACCUGUGCAGGCAGCGUAACCUGUUGUCUUCUCCAGCAGCAGGAGGGAGCACUGAAUCAGACCGUGACACGGAGGCACUGAUUGAGGAAGUGUUAAAACUUAAGUCCCUCCUGAGCACCAAGAGAGAGCAGAUAGCCACCCUCAGAACUGUCCUAAAGGCCAAUAAACAGACCGCUGAGUUGGCUCUAACCAACCUGAAGACAAAGUACGAGACUGAGAAGAGUAUGGUGACAGAGACGAUGAUGAAGCUGAGAAAUGAACUGAAGGCUCUAAAGGAGGAUGCAGCCACCUUCUCCUCCCUUCGGGUCAUGUUCGCAAGCAGAUGUGACCAGUACGUAACUCAGUUAGCUGAGAUGCAGAGACAGCUCGCCGCCGCUGAGGAUGAGAAAAAGACGCUCAACUCUCUCCUCCGCAUGGCCAUUCAGCAGAAGCUGGCACUGACCCAGCGGCUGGAGGACCUGGAGGGCUCUCUGUCCCCUCUCAGUAACGGUGGCAGCCCACGCCACUCCCGGACCAAGCAUCUGACCAAAUCAGGCCGAGCCCCGCGGAGCCCCAUGAGAAGCAGUCCACGCUCCAGUCCGGUGCUAGUGCCUGCUGGCUCGCAGAACAUGAGCAGCCACAUGAGGGCCCUCUCACGCAGCCUUCACUGCAGCCCCAGAUGAAAACCACCUUGUGUCUCCCUCUGUGCUCCAGUACACAUGGACCAUGUUCAUGCCCAGUUCAUGAACACCCUUAUCCUGCAGACCUGUCCCAGCAUCCUCCUCCUCCUCAUCAGACCUCACCUCAUUGGAUCUCUUGUGCCUUCCUCCCACCCCCUCUCUCGCCUGUUUUUCCAUAUGGUUGUCUUCUGUUUGUUUGGAUCAAGUCGUUCAGCUUCAAGAUACUGAAAGCAAAAACUCUUGGAGAUCAGUACUGUUUAGUCUGGCUGUGACUGACCUUUUCUUAUACUGGCCAUAGAUAAACAUACCUUGUUUUGGUUUUAGCCAUUAAAAACUAUCAUGGAGGACAUUCCUCUGGUUUAACUGACCAGUUGUGCGCUUCUACUAAGUCUAGAGAGUUUGUUAUUGGUUAUUGACAUAUAACUUGCCCUGGCAUUUAAAGACUGCUACAGUGAAGUGGGAAAACAACAACCAUAUAACCAGAAAGCAGAACAAUCAACUAUGCAGAGGUUCAAAGACAUUUGCUGCUAAUUAGCUCAUGCAAAAAAAAAAAAAAGCAAAUUACCAAACUGCCAGUUUAUUCUACCUAUAACACAGAGUUAACCAUCAGCACUGUUAGACAAAUGUGAUUUAUUUAGUAGGACAGUGGCAAACUUGUAAUGGUUGGGUUCAUGUCAAAGGGGAACACAUUGACAGGGAAAAAAUUGUAAUAGGAUUUAAAAUAGUGCCUUAAUACUUUGAUGUUUUGAGUGAAGAUUUGCAGAUAAUUGGUUUAAUAUUUUGUUUAUUGAAUUGAUGAUUAUGGUCUAGGUUGUUUUAAGACAAAUUAUGGACUUUGUUUGUGCAUGUAUGAACAGUACAGAUAAUAUUACAUUCCCCAAUAGGCUUUUUUUGUUAAAAACAAUAUUUCACUGUGCUUGUCAGAACCGUAAUUAUUUGUCAGAUGUCGUGUGGACCUGCCUGUCAACACUUUCAUCUCGUUUUCGAUAUUCAUCGUCAUUUCCAUAUUGAAAAAAAAAAUGCUUCCUAUUGUAUUUUUAUUGUUUUUAUUUUUUUACGCUGAUUUUCUUUUAUAUUGUAUUGUUCAGUACAGAAUGGUAAUUUCCACACAAUAUCAGGACUUGUCUUAAAUAUGUGGUGAAAAAAAAAUAAAGUUUUCAAUGUU